UUCACACAUUGGCAACAUUAAGGAAAAGAAAUUUUCGGGCGGACGACAGCUCGCUGAGAAAAUUACGAAAGUUAAUUUGAAUCGUUUUAAAAUUAUGAAAACAUAUUUAUGAAUAAAAAUAAGUUAUGAUGGGAAUGCUUCCUUCACCUUCCCAGGUUGCUAGAUCUCACACUGCUCUAUAUGAAGCUUUGUAUCGGCAGGUGGAUCCUGCUGAGACUGAUUGUGUCUCAGCGGCUGAAGCUGCAGCAUUCCUCAAACGUUCCGGUCUUCCAGAUGUGAUAUUAAGCAAAAUAUGGGAUUUAUCAGAUCCUCAGGGAAAAGGUUUCCUGGAUAAGAAAGGGUUCUAUGUUGCCUUGAAAUUGAUUGCCCUGCAUCAGAAUGGGAAAGACAUAACAUUGUCAAAUAUGAGUCUUGAUAUACCACCUCCACAAUUGCAAACCUUAAGUGGAAGAAAUUCUCCAGCUAUUGAUUGGAAUAUUAAGGCAUCUGAGAAAAAGAAGUAUGAAGAAAUGUUUUACUCUAUGGGACCCAUUGCUGGAAAAUUACCUGGGGACAAAGUGAAACCAGUUAUGUUGAAUUCUAAGCUACCUUUAGAUGUUUUAGGCAAAAUAUGGGAUCUGAGUGAUACUGACCAGGAUGGCUUUUUGAGUAAAGAGGAAUUUAUACUUGCAAUGCAUUUAGUUUAUAAAGCUUUAGAAAAUAUACCUGUUCCUGCUGUUCUGCCUCCUGAGUUGAUGCUGAUUUUAAAAAGAAAACAGAGUAUAACAGGAAUGGUUCAAGUUCUUCCAGAUGUUUUGCCUCAGGGAAUAGAUAAUAAUGUUUCUGCUCGUAUAAGGCGAUCUAGCACACCUUCAUCUGAUAUUGUAGGAAGGGGCUCAACAUGGAUAAUCAGUGCUAUAGAUAAAGCUAAAUACGACGAAAAAUUUCACAUCCUAGAUACUGAUAAGGAUGGUUUUGUGACUGGAAUGGAUGUUAAAGACACAUUUUUAAAAACUGGACUUUCUCAAACUGUACUGGCUCAUAUAUGGAAUUUAUGUGAUAUUAAACAAAAUGGAAAAUUAAACUCAGAACAGUUUGCAUUGGCAAUGUAUCUUGUACAACAAAAACUACAAGGAAUGGAAAUACCUACAACCCUAUAUCCUGAAAUGGUACCUCCUACUAUGAGGCCGAAACCUUCAUCUGAUAUUGCACAGGAUGUCAUUUUGCCCAUAACAUCUGAUGCGGAAUCUUCUGGUAAUAAAGAAUUGGAUAUGAUUAGUGGUGAAAUUAAAGAGCUUCAAAUGGAAAAAAUGACACUAGAAAAAGAUCUUGCACAGAAAGAGGCAGAUGUAAAAAUUAAGAAUGGUGAAUUGAAAAAUCUACAAAAUGAACAAGAUGCUUUAGAAACUAUGUUGAAGCAGUUAGAAAUACAAAAAGGAGAAGCACGCAAAAGAUUGAGUGAUUUAGAUAAACAGAAAAACUCCUUAGACCUUACCCUUAGUGAAUUGAUGGUUCAAACUGAAGAUGAAGUCAAUAAGAUUGAUGCUAUGAAGAAACAGAAAGAGGAACAAGAAAUGGAAUUAGAGGUACAAGAAAAGGAACUCAAUGAAAAGCGGGUGGAAUUGAAUGAGUUAAGGAAGGAAGAGUCCCAGAUGGAAAGCAAACUCAGUUCAGGCAAAACUCAACUUGAUGCAUUGACUUCUUCUUUACAAAGUAGCACUCUUCAGAUAAGUCAAAUUAAAAUUAAAAUUGACCAAAUACAAGAGCAACAUAGGUUAAUGAGUGAAGCUAUCAAGGAUAUGGAUAAUGCGGUUUCUUUUGGUGAUUUCCGAAAUGUAUCAGACUUUGUCCCAAAAUCCUUUGAUGAAGUUGAACCAGCUGUAAUUACACCUGUCAAUGAUUUUCAGGAGGAUCCAUUCAAAAGUAGUGAUCCCUUCGAAGGUAAAACAAAUGGAUUUGCUAGUGAUCCAUUUUCUGGUGAAGAUCCAUUCAAAUCUGAUCCUUUUGUUGAUACUAAUGUUGCAGCAGCAGCUAGUGAUCCUUUCAGUGGAGACCCUUUCGAAAGUGCUUUUAAUGUAACUGCAUCACAAUCAAAUAAAAGCGAUCCAUUCUCUGGAAGUGAUCCAUUUGGGGGAUUUGAUGCUGCUUCUACCCCUACAAACCCUGAAAAAGAUCCUUUUGAUCCGUUUGGUUUAUCUCAAGCAAAUUCUAAUCAAGCUCCUUCUAUGGGUUUUGAUUCAGAUCCUUUUGGAUCCGAUCCAUUUGAAGGAGCAAGAUCUGAGAGUCCUACUCCAGCUCUCCCACCAAAAAAGAGUAAAGCACCUCCUCCAAGGCCAGCUCCUCCCAAAUCAGGAUCUAGCUCUACUGUCAAACCUGGACCAAUGAGAGCAGCACCAGCACCACCUGUGCCUCCUCCUCCUACAGUAGAUCCCUUUAAAGCAGCAGAUGCUGAAAUUACGAGCAAUAAUGCAGCAUUUCCCGAUUUGUUUUCAAAAGCACCCAAAUCUCAAGAUGCUUUUGAUCCUUUCUCAAAUGUGACUUCAUCGGACGGUUUUGCGAAUUUUGAUAAUUUUGCUGAUUUUGAUAAUGUUAAGUGAAAACUAUUUUCUGUUAGAUUCAAUUGCAAACAGAUUAUUUGAAAUAUGUAUGUAAAUUUUUUUAACAUUAGGAUUCUAAUGUGCUGUUGAAUAAGACAAUUGCUUGUGCUGUAGGAAUGAAUCAGUUAUAACAAGUUAAUGGUCUGACUAGAGUUUUAGGUUGAUGCAAAAUGUACGGUGAACCAGUUGGAAUAUUUUCAGUAUGGAUUUUUCAUUAAAUAUUGUUUUAGUAUUUUACAUUGCUAAAAUUUUGUAUUAUUUAUUUUAAAAGUUUCUGAUUCUUUUAUAAACAUUAAUCUUCUUAUUAUAUACGGGUAAUUUUCGAUAAUUUUCACAUGCAAAAAUUUAUUUACUAUUACGUAUUUUUUUAUAAAUUGCUUAGGUUUUAUUUUCUUAACCAAUUUUUAGAUUUAGAGCUUAUUUCAUUUCAUUAACUAAAUUUUAUUUAUUUUUAAGAAUUAACUACAGUUGUUAAAAAGUUUUUAAGGCAAUACAGAGAGUUGUGCCACAUGCCAAUAUGAAAAGUUAGUCGUAUGCUUUGUUUGGAAACUUUAUAUUUAGCUAAACUUACAUAAAAGGUUUAGGAAUAGUAUGAUGAGAAUUGAUUUCAUUAUUGAAACUAGUGCCUUCCUUGUCUAAAACUUUAAUACCAAUAAUUUUUUGUAUGAAUUAUUUUUCAUGUCUGGCAUGUUUAGUUUGCUGUUAGUGAAGAAUAUUUUUCAGGAUAGGAUACUAAAGAUCGGUUUUAAAAUUCAUUAGGUAAAAAAAAAUUUUUUCAUUCUCUUUAUUUUUUUUUAAAGAAAUGAAUUAUACUUGUCAAGUGAAAAACUGCCCUAACUUGAUUGUCCUAGAUUCAUGAAUUAUAGUUAUUCUACUGAUAUUAAUUUUUUUUUUUUUUUUUUNGUGUGGAGAUUUGCUUACUGCUGUGUCCUUAUCACACUAUAAAGUAGGCGUAAAGCACUUUGUCUUAGCCUUACAAAUGUGUCUUCACAAUGUGUAACUAAUGCUUUACUGUAUGCUGCCAUGUUCCAAUGCAAAGUUGUGUUACCAUACAUUUACAUACAGCUAAAUAGUCUUGAAAUGGUGCUUUGCUGUAUACUAAUCCUGCUUAAUGUCUUCCUUUAAUCAAGUAAUUAGUGUAUAAUCCCUGUUUUCAUCUUCAUCACUUCACUAUCAUAAUUACUUAUGAUUUAUUUAUUUAAAAGUAUAAUAAAAGUUAUUUUUUUUAAAAAAAAGUUUGUUUGCUAAUGCUGCAUAUUUUAUCAAUUGUUUCUACUUCCCUUUUUAUUUAUUUGUUCUUAAUUAAAUUGCCCUGGUUCUAAAAAAAAAUAUUUUUAAAAAAUUCAAAAAGUUUCUUAAAAUAAAUAUGAACAUCUGAAUUUUAAAUGUAAACUUGAACAUAAUUUAGUUGAAUUGAUCAAGUUCAUUUGGAAUGUUAGUAUGCACAAUCUUCAUAAAGUGUCUGCUAGUGUGUUUUUCUAAUUUUUAACUUUUUAAACUAAGUUUUAAAUUGUUUUGCCUUGUAAAUAAUUAUUUUAUUUAGCUUAAUUCAUAAAAUUUUCAAAACUUGUCUAAUUAUCUUCAAAGGUUUAAAAUUGUAUGUUUAUUUGUUAUAUAAAGGGUGUUUUAUAUACUGUAUUUUACCAAUUACCAUAAUGAAUGUGAAUAAUGAACUCUGCUUAUUAAUAAUGGCAUGACCCAUUCUUGAAGUUGCAAAUAUAUCAUUAUGAAUUUAAACAUACCAAUACAUGAAAAAGACUAAAAGUCCAAAAAUGAUUAAUUAUAUUCUUUAUUCAAAUAUUAUUUUUAAUAUAGACUUAAUUACUUUAAAUUUAAAUGAAACAUAAGGUUAAAAUAAGAGCAUUUCUUGGGUAGAUAAUUUUAUUGCAUUUUACACGUAAUAUUUGUCAAAUAAAUUAAUGUUUUCUGUACUCUUUUAUUUAAAUUUUUAUUCGGCUUAACUAUUAUUUUUAAAGUUAAAAAAUUUUAAAAAUUUCUUAGCAUUAUUUAAUUACUAUUUGGAAAAUGUGUUGGAUGUAAUGCAAGGUGUUCCAAAAAUGAUCAUCAAUUAGAAAUAUCAGUUAAUAAAAAACAGAUAAAAAUAUACAGAUUGCUGGGUUUUGCUUUGAAGACCAGAAUAUUAAUUCUUAAUAGUUUCACAAAUAAUUACAAAUAAAUUACUAGAUAGUGCUACUUUUUGGAAAAAAAUUAUAAAAUUAACUUUUCUGUUACAUGUUACUGAAAUAAUGCUGCUGCCUACUGAAACAAUUGCUUGGCCAUUUGUUAAAUUUGUCUUAAAAUUUCAAUAAGUUGUUUCUGCAAUUGGUGGCUAUUUUGAAAAUAUUGUACAAGAGUUGUUCUCUCUUAGUGCCAUUUUCUGUUUAACUUUUGUUUUAACAUUUUUGUGUCCAAAUUUAAAAGUUGUCUAGAAUAAAUUCUUUAGUUACCUAAGCAAAAUGCAGCAAGCUGAACAAUUCCAUCUCUUUAUAUUUUUCUUCAGCUGAUGUUUCAAAUCGUCAGUCAUUUUUGGAACACUUGGUAUUUGUUCACAACAACAAAAAGUUUACUGGAAAGGUGUAUGCCAACUCUAUCUGAAUUAACUUUUAAGCUGUGAUGUUUUAAGGUUUGAGACAAUGUGCUUGCUUAACAAUCCUGCUUUAUUUCAAUUGUGUCUACUGUCACUUGCAUCCAGAUAUAAAUAAACUUGUAUGUGUGUGCUAUCUACUGAAUUAAAUUAGUAUCAAGAAAAAGUCAUAUGCAAUAUUAUCAGACUACGUAUCUAACUAAAGAAUCUUGUAAAUAUUCAUUGCCUAAGUGUAUUUAAAGAAUAACAUACUGUUAUAACAAAGUAGAUCGUACUAGAAUCUCAUAUUGACUGGUGUAUCUUUAAGCUGAAUGAUGAUAUAUAUGGCUGCUGUGUGUAAAUAUUAUUAAAAAUUGAAAAGCAUUCUCUUUUAGUUUAGAAACUGCAUCACUUUCAUAAAGAAAAAAAAAGUUAACCAAAAUGAUCUAUUGUUAAGAGUUAAUAUAUAAAAUGUUUACCUUUAUUUUGUAAAAUUUAUGAAAUAAAUUCUAUCGAUAAGUUAAUAAAAAAAAAUAAUAAUAAUUUAUGCUUCAUAAAAAUGUUUGAAUAACUUAGUUGAAUUAGUUUUUUCUUUUUCAUUUUUAGUACAUUAUAAAGUCAAUCUUGAGAUAGGUGCAAGUGAUAUAUUAGUGCUCUAAAGAUACGAGUGUUCUGAGCCUUGAAUUUAAAUUCAGAGAAAUUAUUUUCAGUUUCUUUGUAUUUAGAUGUUUAGUUAAGAAAUUAUGUUGCAAUCUAUGAAAGUUGAGCAAAUAUCUAGCAAUAGGAAUCUAGAUUCAUAACAAAACAGUGUCAUGUCUUUUAUUUCUAAGUAUUUUGUUUUAUUUAAUUUAGUGAAUUUUAUGUAAUUUCUUAUUUUGGUAAAUUGAACAUAAUUAUAAAUAAUUUUGCACUUAUACCUGGGGUUUCCAAAUUUUUUAACUGCCACACCAAAUUGUCCACUAAACCCAAGGACUGAUACUUGAGGGAAAGGCCUAAUAUUAGGAGGAAAAGUGUCAAUUCUCUCUAGCCGUGGAAAUUUUAGAAGACCCGCUUUUCCCCAACAGUUGCAGGACUAUUUAAAGCAUUUACAAAGGUAUUAUUAAUUUUUCUGCCUCCCCUCUAGUUACAUAUUUAUUCAUUCUUCCUCUAUCUCAUUCAUAAUACCAACAUGUAGUUUUAAAUGUACACAAAUUUUUGUUUUAAAAUUACCCAACAAAACAGAGAUGUAUGACUUCUCAAGAGUGUCAUUUAAGUGUUCAGUUUAUAGGACAAAUAUUAUAUCCUUAACUACAAUAAAACAGUCCAUUUCUUUUUGUAUAUCAGCUAUUAUGUUUCUUUUGUAAGUAUGUACUCUGUGCUUGAACAUUUUAUAUUGGAUCUUAGUAAGCUUUUUUGUUUGUUUCAUGUUUUGAUAAAAAAAGAAAGAAAAUUUUCAUUUUCAGAAGUACAGUUCAGGAAAUUCAUAGUUGAAUUUUGCUCAAUUUUCAUAAACAGUUCUUUUUAUACAUAUUUCAAGGCCAGAUUCAUAAUAAUAUGCUAAGUGUCAUGUUACAAAAAUAGCUUAUCAGCAUAAACAUGUUUUAUUUAUUGUUCAUCAAUAAUUUUUUUGCUUUGUAUGUUUGUAUAUAUCCAAACUUUAUAAAUUUCCUUAUCACAUUGAUAAUAAUCUUGUAUAUUUCUGUUUCUUGAUGUACAUGAUAUUUGAAAACAGUUUUAAAAGUUAUGCUGAAAAAUAUAUAUAGUUUAUUAACCGAAGUUGUAUCAAUUUAUUUGGUUGAUAAUUAUUUGUAAAUGUUCACUAUAUUCAUCAGACCGUUACUGUUUCUAUGAAAUAGCAUUUGUUGAUGAAUGUUUUAAAUAAGGUCAUUUCUCAUAAUCGUUGUUUUUUCUAGUCCUGAUAAUCAUGAAGUUUAUUUAUGAGUUUAUUUCUUCACUAUGUCUGUCAUAAGUGUUAGAACAUCCGAUGUAUGUGUUACAAGACUGUGGAAAGAUUAUGAGAAUUGUGAGUGAUUAUAUUAAAAGUAUGAAAUAAUUUUUCCCAAUAAAUUUUAUUAUAAAAGAA